AUGAUAGCCUUCUUUCAACAAAUACGCAGCAUUUUUAGGGAAUCUCACACACCACUCCAACAGAUAAUCCUGUCCAGAAAAGCUUUCUUUCAACUUCUCGGUUACCUAGGGGCUUGCACGAUAUUCACUGUACUGGCACAAGCCUACUAA